ACUCUCUCUCUCUCUCUCGCUUUUUCUCUUUCUUUAUCAACCAGUCACAGUCGUCAGAGCAAUGCACAAAAACUUGUACAAAUGGUAAGAGAAGGACUUGCGGCUGUGGCGGCUGAUAACGGGGAAGGCAUCACUAUCUUACUCUACAUUUGGGCAGCACUUUUGGCUCUCUCCAUCAUAACCGCCGUGACUUUCACUUGUAGCAACGGAGCUUCUAAAUCUCAAACUGACGACGUGCAUGGUUCUGCAUGUGCCGCCGGCUGUGGCGGUGGUUGUGGAGGGUAAAACGACAGGCAGAGUUUUAUUUUUUUGGGGUGAGCAACAUGCAGUUUAUCGUGUAUUAAACGUCCUAGUGGUGACACAACGGCGGCAGUAAUACAAACUCGUAGGUUAUGAUAAUUAAACGGGUCUGUUUUAAAUAGGCAGUUUUGUUCAGAUCAAGGACUUUGAAUACAAAUCAUACUUGCUUUCUGACUUCAAUAUGUAUUGAAAAUUUGAAUGAAUUUGAAUGCAAAUCAAAUUUGGUUUCUUGCUCUAACAUGUAUUAAUAAUUUGAAAGAAUCUGAAUACAAAUCAUACUUGC